GUUCAGCUCCGGUUCAGUCCCAGCCAGUCCUGUGUGCGCAGUCAAGCGUCAGCUCCGCUUCUGCACCAGGGAUUUCCUCAGAAACACGCACUUCUGUGGGACAAGUGUCACAUCUUUACCGUUGUUGCUGCUCUGUACCUGACCCACAAGCAAAGUUGAAAAGAAGAAGUUGUUGUUUCUUCAAAAACCUUUUGGAAAAGCCUUUAGCCUCUGAUCAGAGACACAUUUGGUGAGUCAGAUCCAAGACGCACAGAUUUCAACCACUCCUCCUCCUCCUCCUCUCACUGGACUGGCUGCAGCAAGUCAGUAAGGUUUCACAAAUGUCUACCUCGAGAUUAAAAGACCUUUCUCCAACACUACAACGGUGAACAGGUUACAAAAUGACCUCCAGCAUUGACCAGGAUGACAGCAUUUUUGGGUUAAUGGAAGAAGAUGAGAAGGACAAAGCUAAACGUGUGUCAAGGAAUAAGUCGGAGAAGAAACGGCGAGACCAGUUCAAUGUCCUCAUCAAGGAGCUGGGCACCAUGCUGCCGGGGAACACCCGAAAGAUGGACAAGUCCACCAUUUUACAGAAGAGCAUCGACUUUCUGCAUAAACACAAAGAAAUUGCAGCACAGUCAGAGUCCACAGAGAUCAGACAGGACUGGAAGCCUCUGUUUCUUAGUAAUGAAGAGUUCACCCAGCUGAUGUUGGAGGCAUUAGAUGGCUUUUUCCUGGCGAUCAUGACUGAUGGGAAUAUUAUCUAUGUCUCUGAAAGUGUGACGUCUCUACUGGAGCACUUACCUUCUGAUCUUGUGGAUCAGAACUUGUUGAACUUCCUGCCCGCUGGCGAGCAUUCAGAAGUGUACAAGGCUCUGUCCUCUCACAUCAUGGAGGGAGAGACACUGACGCCUGAGUACAUGAAAUCAAAAAAUCAGUUAGAGUUUUGUUGCCACAUGCUCAGAGGGACAAUCGACCCCAAAGAGCCCCCUGUGUAUGAAUAUGUCAAGUUUAUUGGAAACUUUAAAUCCCUUAAUAAUGUGCCUAACUGUAACCGCAACAGUUUUGAUGGAGUGAUUCAGAGAUCUCUUCACUCUGCCUUUGAAGACAGGGUCUGUUUUGUUGCCACCGUGAGGCUGGCCAAACCACAGUUCAUCAAGGAAAUGUGCACUGUAGAAGAACCCAAUGAGGAGUUUACCUCCAGACACAGUUUGGAGUGGAAAUUUCUGUUUCUGGACCAUAGAGCUCCACCCAUCAUUGGGUAUCUGCCUUUUGAGGUGCUUGGAACGUCAGGGUACGACUACUAUCAUGUAGACGACCUAGAGACACUGGCUAAAUGCCACGAACACUUGAUGCAGUAUGGGAAGGGAAAGUCCUGUUACUACAGGUUUCUGACCAAAGGGCAGCAGUGGAUCUGGCUCCAAACGCACUAUUAUAUCACAUACCAUCAAUGGAACUCCAGACCAGAGUUUAUCGUCUGCACACACACAGUUGUGAGUUACGCUGAAGUCCGAGCAGAACAGCGCCGGGAGCUGGGAAUAGAAGAAUCUCCACCUGAGAUCACUGCGGACAAAUCCCAGGACUCUGGCUCUGAGUCUCAAAUCAACACAUCGAGUCUCAAAGAGGUCCUGGAGCGGUUUGACCACAGCAGGACGCCCUCCGCCUCGUCCCGCAGCUCCAGGAAGUCCUCGCACACAGCUCUCUCGGACCCCACCUCCUCUCAGAUGAAGGCGCAGGGCGAACGCGGUACACCGGGUCGCCAGUCCGUCUCUGCCGUGGAGAUGACAUCACAGCGCAGAUCGUCUAUCAGCAGCCAGCAGUCCAUGAGUUCACAGAACACAGGGCAGAACAUGACCACGAGCAUGGUCUCACAGCAACCAGCACAGCCUCAACUACAGCAGGUGCAGACCAGUGUACAGUCAAUGGUGCAGUUCUCAAACCAAUUGGAGGCCAUGCAUCACCUGAAGGAGCAGCUGGAGCAGAGGACGCGGAUGAUCGAGGCAAACAUCCAGAGACAACAGGAUGAGCUGAGACAAAUCCAAGACGAGCUACAGAGGGUCCAGGGACAGAGUCUGCAGAUGUUCUUACAGAAGGGAAGUGGUGGCCUCAGCUCGGUCCCGAUGUCCCAGAAUGCUGUGCAGCAAGGAGGGGCUCUGAACAUGCAGGCUCCCAUGUCCUCUGGGACCCUCCAGAACAAUAUACAGCAGCAACAACAGCAGCAGCAACAGCAACAGCAGCAGCAACAGCAGCAGCAGCUCUCAGUCCAACCCCAAACACAGCAACAAGCUUUAACACAGGUGUCACCAAACUUCAUGUACCUACAAGUGCCGAACUCUCUCUCUGCUCCUCUCUACAACACAAUGAUGAUUCCUCAGCAGAGUCCCGCUAAUGUAGUCCAGAUCUCCUCCAGUCUGGGCCAGAACACGGGACCAACCGCAUCAGCUGUAACUACUUUUGCACAAGACCGAGCUGCUCAGAUAAGGUUUCCAGCGGCCCCACAGCUGCUGACGAAGCUGGUGGCGGGGCAGAUGGCAUGUGGAGCAGUGAUGGUGCCCACUACCAUGUUCAUGGGACAGGUGGUGACAGCCUUCUCCCCUCAGCAGGGACAAACCCAAACCAUCAGCAUCUCCCAGCAGCAGCCCGAGCAGGUUCAACAGUCACAAGUCCAGCCCAUUCAGCCGGGACAGGGAGCUCUGGGGCAGCAGCAAGCACAGUUCCUCCAGGCUCCACGGCUUCUUCAUGGAAACCAGUCCACUCAAUUGAUCCUUCAGGCUUUCCCUCUGCAGCAGCAAAGCACUUUCAGUAACCAGGCCCAGCAGCAGCACCAACAGAAACAGAUACAGACUCAAAAACAACAGGGCCCUCACCGAACAGACACCCUCUCGGACCGGGCUACUGUGCAGCCUCAGUAGCACCCAUGGGAACCUGUCUGAUGCUGGAAGAAAUGCUGAGGGCGUCCUCCUGGUUUGUCUUGGUUUCACUGUUUGCAUUUAUGUCUGAUUGGAGAUACUCUGUGUCUCCUCUCUCCAUGUGUUCAGGCACAAGGAGGGAAUAUAUCCAGACUCAUUGGAGUAGAGCUCGUAUCAAAGACAGUGCAUCAUUUUCGUUUUUUACCAUUGUUGUUUUUCAUGAGAAUAUAAUGGGACAAUACAUAUUUUUAAGAAUGUGGUGUAGAUGUAUUGUACAGAACUUGACAUGUAUUAUAUAUCCUGUAAAUAUGUUGAAAAGAAACUAAUAUUUUAUAUGAUGCAUGUAAUGAGAUCUGUAAUUCUUUAUCUUGAUCUUUUAUUUUCUAAUGUUCUGUAAAAUGUUCCUUAAGCUCUUUUGGGUCAUUCAGAGUUCCUUUCUCCACAGGGUGAGGUUGUUUGUGUCUGUGUAGCAGGCAGCGCUGGUUGUUUAUUCCUUGGCCCAUUUUGACACUUAAACAUAGUCUAUUUUUGAAUAUUAUUAUGCACUUAAAUUUGCACAUUUAAAAGUGCUAGAGACUAGAGCUGAACUGGUAACCAACUGCUGAAGCUUACAAUAAGAUACUCUAUUACAUCAAAGAACAUUUUACAUAAAAACUGCUAUACAUUCAGUUUAAUUCACUCACUAAAUAAUUCUCGUUCUCUCCCUCAAUGUAUUUGUUUUACCAGUAACAAAAAAGUUUACGUUUACAAAUUCCUAGUAAGCUAAGAUACUAUAAGCUAAUUUUUUAUUCAGAAUGCCUUAUGGAGAACACAUAAAAAUGGGGAGUGAGAGGAGCUGUUUGUUUUAGUUUUUAAACAUUGGAUUUUGUUUCUGUAUUGUGUUGUCCACUAAACUCUGAAUGUCUCAUACUGAUCCUCUGCUCCUGACCCCUGAUGCUGUUUGGAUGUUUGGUUCAUUACAUUUAUGCUCUGGUGAAGGCCCGUGGACAUAAUAAGGGUUUAUUCACUCUAAACCCCAUAGACUCUGGUUACACGUGAAGCAUAGAUGUCAGAGCAGGUGGUGUCAAUGCAAGUGUGCUGCACCUGCCCGACUGUCACUUAAAUUAUCAUGUUUGUUCUGCUAAUAUGUCUGGAAUGCCAUUAGGAAUCUUAUGGCUUUUUGCUCUGUUCACUGUCUACAAUUAUCCCUGUGUGACUGAAUAAUAACAACUUUUUGAAGCUGUAGUGAAAAGAUAAUUUUAUCAAUUCAUUUGUAAUUGAAACAUUGCCAAUUUUCUUAUUUGAUGGAAAUUAGUCCAGGAUAUAAGCCAACAAUGCGAACAAAAUUGGUGGCAAUUUUCAUCCACAAGUUCUACCAUUCAGAAAAAGCACCACGAUGUUUGUUGUGUGCCAGAGGUGGGUACUAGUCUAGGGAGUUUUCAGUUUAUUCCUACUUGAGGAAUAUUGAGGAAUAUUUUACAAUACCUAAUGGUUUCGGUUACUCUAGCACCACUCCUUCAGAUGCAGUUUAUGUAUUUCUUAGUUUUCAUUCUACAGUAUCCUUUGAAAAUACCAAAUAUUUUGUAAUGUUUGGUCAUCAGAGUAACAUUUAUUUCAAAUUAUAAAUCAGAUGUUACCUCCUGAGAGGUACAAUUUCUCUAAGUUAAAUAGUCGUUUCUCUCAGUAUCUUUUUUACUCAUACUUGUAUUGAGUUCUAUCAUUUCAAAUUACUGAUAGUCUUGAACACAAUUUAUGACUAGUCAACCCACCUCUGGCUGAGGCGCGGUCUUAGUGAGAAUAUUAUAUUUUUAUGUCUCAAAUAAUAGUUCAGCUUCAUAAGCAGUAGUCAAAGUGUUUUCCUUGCAUUAUGUACUUAGUCAACAAAUCAAAAAUAAAAAGCACAACAACUAAAUUAAAUUAUGAAAAUUUAAAAACAAAUAAACCAAAACAAAUAACUUGAGUUAGCACCACCUGCUGUUCAGUGUAGAUAAGAAGCCGAGGCUCAUAAAAAGUCACUUUUUGAAUACA